UUGUUGGUUGCCUACCCAACAACGAAUUAAGUCAAUUUAAAGCAGUCGGUUUUGCAGUCACUGAUUAGAUAACGCCAAAACACCAGUAAAUGUUAAGUAGUGCCCGUCUUUGACAUAUCAAUAUUUUGUUAAUCGAACAUCAUCAACAAACGGUAUCUUUCGACUAGUGCGCCCCUGUCUCCCCGUCGUUAACCUAACCUCACUUUCGAAACGUCACCGAAAAUGUCGGUGUGAUGACUAAACAAAACAAUUAAACAACAAUAAACGUGUUUACAUCCUAAAAACCGUGUAAUUUUGUGUUUAACGAACACACCUCGUAAUUAUUAUGAAUUAUAUUAUAAGUACGUAAAUUGUGGCAUGAAUUAGUAUUAGAAAAUGGUGGCUAAUAUGUCGUACUGCUCUCCAGGCGUCCAUAUUUGGGACGUCUGGGUGGACCAUGGGACGUCAGAGUGCUUCAUGGAGACGGUGCUGUCUUCGGUGAUAGCCGGCUUUAUUUUAAUAGCCGGCACGAUUCAAUUAUGCAUGUACAGAAAAUACGGGACUGAGAUAUCACCAAAUCAUUUAGUUAAGUCAAGACUGUACCAUUUCCAAAUAUUCGUGACGCUUUUGGUGCCUAUUUUGGAGGUUAUAAGGUUCAUCCUGCAAGCGACGGUCCUGAAGGAGCAAAUUUACGGGUACAUGAUUGUAUAUCUGAUUCUAAAUCUUCUCGCCUACCCCUUCUCUCUUCUCGUCGUCCGCGUCGAGCGCCACUACUUGCUCCCUUCCGUGCCCACCAAGGGCCACGGCAUCGUCCUCCUCCUCUUCUGGACCCUCGUCUUUAUCUCCGAAAACUUGGCCUUCUUCAACCUCGACAAGAAAGAAUGGUGGUUCCAGCUGAAAACGACUGGCGACCAGAUCGAGAUGGCGCUCUUCGUCCUGCGCUACCUCUCCUGCCUGCUGAUGUUCCUGCUCGGCCUGAAGGCGCCCGGCAUCACGCAAAACAUCAAUUAUUUCACACUCAACGAUUCGACGCGGAACCUUCCACCACAAGACCGGGCGGAGAACCAGUCGACAUGGAGGAACUUCUGGAAGAAGGUGCGGAUUUUGGCGCCGUUCGUGUGGCCGAAGAAGGACGUGUUGUUGCAGUUCAGGGUGAUUUUCUGUUUCGUGCUGCUGGCCGGAGGGCGCGUGAUCAACUUGUUUGUGCCGAUUUACAACAAAUUGAUCGUCGACAGCAUGACUCCCCCCAAAACCAACCCUUCGGCGAAACUCGACUUCCGAUGGGACUGGAUCCUAAUUUACGUCGGCUUCAAGUUCCUACAAGGGGGCGGCACCGGCGGCAUGGGCCUUCUAAACAACCUUAGAUCCUUCCUCUGGAUCAGGAUACAGCAGUAUACGACCCGCGAAGUGGAGGUGGAGCUCUUCAGACACUUACACAGCUUGUCCCUGCGGUGGCAUCUAGGCAGGAAAACCGGAGAAGUGCUCCGAGUGAUGGACAGAGGCACGGACAGUAUUAACAACCUCUUAAACUACAUCAUAUUCUCGAUCUUCCCGACGAUCGUCGACAUCUUAGUGGCUGUGGUGUUCUUCGUGGUGGCCUUCAACGCGUGGUUCGGCCUGAUCGUGUUCGUCACGAUGAUUCUCUACAUAGCUUUGACUAUCACCAUCACCGAAUGGCGAACAAAAUUCCAAAGACGUAUGAAUCUGGCGGACAACGAAACCCGCGCGCGCAGCGUCGACUCCUUGCUUAAUUUCGAGACGGUGAAAUAUUAUGGGGCCGAGCAGUACGAAGUGGAGGCCUUCCGCGACGCUAUUUUGCGCUUCCAGGCGGAGGAGUGGCGGUCGAACAUCACGCUGAAUAUUCUCAACACCGUCCAGAACGUGAUCAUCUGCACCGGCCUACUCAGCGGGAGCCUCCUCUGCGUCCACCUGGUGGUGGACGUGGGUGAACUAACCGUCGGCGACUACGUCCUCUUCGCGAGUUACAUAGUCCAGCUGUACGUGCCGCUGAACUGGUUCGGCACCUACUACAGAGCCAUCCAGAAGAACUUCGUCGACAUGGAGAACAUGUUCGACUUGUUACGGGAGGACCAGGAGGUCAUCGACGCCCCGAACGCCGGACCCAUCACAGUCAAACGCGGCGCCGUGGAGUUCAACAACGUCUCCUUCGGGUACCUCCCCGAGAGACUCGUUUUGAAGAACGUGACCUUCUCGGUUCCCCCUGGGAAAACCAUCGCUCUGGUGGGUCCCUCAGGUAGCGGCAAAAGCACGAUAAUCCGGCUCCUCUUCCGUUUCUACGACGUGGAGACCGGCUCGAUCAUCAUCGACGGGCAGAACAUCAAGACGGUGUCCCAGGAGUCGCUGCGGCGCGCCAUCGGCGUGGUCCCCCAGGACACGGUGUUGUUCAACAACACGAUUCGGUAUAAUAUCAAGUACGGGAGGUUGACGGCGACGGACGCCGACGUCAUCGAGGCGGCCCGGGGGGCGGAUAUUCACGAUAAGAUUUUGACGUUCCCGGACGCGUAUGACACGCAGGUGGGGGAGAGGGGGCUGAGGCUGAGCGGCGGCGAGAAGCAGAGGGUGGCGAUAGCGCGGACGCUGCUGAAGGCGCCACAGAUUGCGCUGCUGGACGAAGCGACCAGCGCGCUGGACACGCAGACGGAGAGGAACAUACAGGAGCAGUUGGACAAGAUGUGCUCGAACAGGACGACUAUCAUUGUCGCGCACAGGCUGUCCACGGUCAUCCACGCCGACGAGAUCUUGGUGCUGAGGGAGGGGGAGAUUAUUGAGAGGGGAAGACAUGAACAUUUAAUCGGACAGGAGGGCGUUUAUUCCUCAAUGUGGAAACAACAGCUAGAAAGCAAAGAAAACUCUCCAGAUAAUAGCAUAGAGAAAAGUUAAAACAAUAUCCCUCUAGAGUAAAAAAUAAGUGCUACCACCCCACCCUAUUGUUAAAUAUUAGUUGCCAAGGUUUGGGGCUUGUUAUGAAUGCUUCUUCGACUUAUUUAUACAAAAAUAAGAAAGAUUGACUGUGUCAUAUCACUAUUGUUUAACGUAGUAACGAUUUAUUUAAAAAAAAUAAUAAAUUAUUUUUAAUGA